UGACACCUGAUAAAAUAUACAUCGCAAUCAUAGACUUAAAGUGGGAAAUGGAGACAUUUGUCAUUUUCAUUAAAUCUAUGAUAAACGAAAUCUUAUUGCAUCAAAUAAAGGCAAAAAUACUUGGUCCGUUUUAACAAUUAAAUUUUAUAAAAUAAUAUGUGAUUUACUGAUUUAAUUUUUGGCUAUAGGCAAAAUCAUGAUCUAGAUUUUAUCUAAAUCUCGAGCGAAGUAUAUAAAAACAUUUUCAUGGCUUAUGUGAUUAUUCGUUAUCAGAAAAUCGACUGCAGCAUAGCAAAAGCAGCAUGCCUGCAUGCAUAGACUCAAAUUUUUUUUUUCGAAAUUUACAGUUUCUGUGUUAAAAGUGUCGACACCUAUUACUUAAUAUUUAAUACGAAUACUCAACCCCAACUGCACAGCGUACCUACUACCUGGCUCAAGUUUGUUAUGGCCUUUAUUAUUCGAAGAUUUUAUUCAUCAGUUAUUGAAAAGACUGUUCUGAUAUCCAAAUCAACAGAUGUAUUUGAAAACCUUGCCUUGGAACAUUGGUUCUACCGCCAUUCAAACUUCACAAAUAAAUCUAUGUUGCUAUUGUGGGUAAACAGUAAUUGCGUUGUAAUUGGCCGACAUCAGAAUCCUUGGUUAGAAAUAAAUUUUGAUUCAGCUAUUGAUGUACGGAUGGCCAGAAGAAAUAGUGGCGGUGGAACAGUAUUUCACGAUAAUGAAAAUCUCAAUAUGACAUUUUUCACUAGCAGGGACAUUUAUAACAGGAAAAAAAAUUUAGAACUAAUCGUUGAAACAUUAAAGAGUGAAUGGAAUGUUGUAACAGAAAUAAAUAAACGAGAAGACAUUGUUAUAGAUAAUAUUUACAAAAUAUCUGGCACAGCUUCCAAGUUGGGAAGACCUAAUGCAUAUCACCAUUGUACGUUAUUAGUUAAUUGCAAUCGCGAAUUAAUGUCAAGUCUAUUGAGAAAACGUGAAAAAAAUAUUGAAACCAAUGCCACAGUCAGUGUAACAUCUGAUGUAUUGAAUUUGACACAAAUUAAUAACAAAGUGUGCAUCAAUAGAUUAAUGACUGCUGUUGGUUUACAAUACCUGAAAACAGUAGGCAAUAAAACUACAACAGAUCAAGGAUUUAAUUAUGUAACACCAAAUGAACAAACAUUCCCUGGUUUCAACGAAAUAAAAAAUGAAAUGGAGAGUUGGGAGUGGAGAUAUGGACGAACGCCAAAGUUUAAUAUAACUGUUAAAUCUAAUGACGAACACUCCGUUAUUUUAUCUGUAAAAAAUGGCAUUAUUGAAAACGUUGCUACAACAUGUAAUGUAAGUUUAAGCCACUUAAUAAAUGAAAAAUUUAAUAUGAAAAUAGUGGAAGAGAUAAAACAAUGUUUAGAAACAAUAAGAGUUUAAUGUUAUAGUGUAACAGCCUAGUUGUUUUUAUUAAUUACUGUAGUAAAAUAAAAUGUUCUGUUGAUUUA